AAAAAGAAAAUAUCGUCAAGGGAAUCUUAGGAUGGGGUCUCAAAUGCUCCAACUAAUUGUACCAAAAGAGGUUUAAAAGAAAACAGCAAUAAAUUUGAAUAAACAAGGAAAAAAGCUAAGCUUCAUGAGAUGCUUAGAGGGACUCAAAAGGGGGAAUGUUAUGACCCAUGAUUUUUUGGGAGGGAGUGGUUGCCCACCAGCUAGGCAAGGGUUGUCAAUUAUCAGCGGCAGUCCAUGGGGGGAUGCAUUGUAGCAAAACAAAACACAUGGAGAGAGGUGAUUUGAGUAUGAAUGUGUGUUCUUUGUUGUUUUGUUGCUUUUAUUGGCCACAUGUUGGAUUUGAGUUGAUGCAUCACUCCACUUGUAUGGUUCAUAACCAUACUUGAAAGCUUCUUCCUCUUACAUGCCGUCCAUUUUCUGUUUUUCUUUUAAGUUUGUGGAUUUCCAGAAUGUUGAAUAUUUUAAAAAACCCAAAUUUAAUGGACAAAAACCAUUCAUUUGACACAUAUUAAAAUCUUUUUCUUUUGGGGGUUGAAUAGUCAAGUUUGAUUUCCUCUUUUAUUCCAUAGUCCAAAAUCAUGGGGUUGAUCUUCGGGUUUUUUACUAAAAAAAUAUAAAAAAAAUUAAAAAAUUCGAAAAUAAUAUAUAAAAAAAUGUAAUUACGAAAAUGGUAUGUUAGGGUGGUCACGCCAAUCUGACAGGCGGCACCACCCUGAUAAACAGUACCAAACAGUAAAAAAACGAAAAAAAAAGGGACAUGUUGGUGCCAGAGGCGGCACCAGUGUUGCCUCUGGCAGAGGCGGCACCGGUGUCUGCUUUUGGUCCGAUUUGACCCCUCAUGCAGAGGGGUUUUGUUAUUUUGUUUGGGGGACCAUAAUAUAUGGUCCCCAAGCUUCAUUUUCAGCAAAGAAAAAGAGAGAAGAAGGGAAGAAGGAAGAAGGAAGAAGAGAAGAAGAAGAAAGAAAAAGAAGGAGAGGAGGAGAAGGAGGCCUGCGGCUGAGAGAAGAAAAAAGAAAAAGAAAAAGAGAAGGAGAAGAAGAAGAGGGAAGGAAAAAGAAGGAAAGAAAAAGAUGGAGUAUUUAUCCGGGUAUCGGGAGGUCGUACACUGUCCCGAUAUAUCGUCUGAUGAUUGAACAACAUGCCGGGGAAGGGUUUAUAUGGAUGCCAUACCGUAGACCAGAAAUUGCGGCUAUUAUACCCUCGUCUGCCUACGUUGAUUCUCAGUUGUGGUGCACAAACGCACCAAUUAUUAGUUUCAAUGUAGUCGAGUGGUACCACGGAGAUCGAGUACUACGACAGUUUGGUUGCAUCCAGUACAUCCCGGAUCCGCCAAUGCAGGUGGGGGAGGAGGUUCACGGUAAGAACAAGAGAGGGAGACAUGGACAGCAUUGGGGGGUUACGCACCGGAGAUAUAUUGCGGUGUGGGAGAGUCGGAUGGCUCGAAGACCUCAGAUGGAUAUGUCUUCCAAUUUCAUCCAUCGUUAG